AAUAAGUUUCUAUCAUUGUCAGAAAAUGGCUACAAUUGGUUUUAUUACAGUGUGUUUAUUAAUAUUAACAACGUUUAAAUUGAGCUGUAGUAACGGCAUAUACACUUUGAAAAUUCCACAAGGUGAAUUAUUUGGUAGUGUACGGCAAACUUAUAACAAUGUAACUUACUACAGUUUUCAAGGUAUUCCAUACGCAGAACCACCCUUAGGUGACUUACGAUUUAAGUCUCCAAAAGCUGCAAAACCUUGGAAUGGUGUAUUAAAUGCUACACAAAUUCGUGUUGUAUGUCCGCAACAUGAACCACUUAAUAAAUUUGCUGUUAAUGUGGAAGAAAAUGAAAAUUGUUUAUUCUUGCAUAUUUAUACAAAAAUGCCUCUUCAACUUCAAUCUGUUAUGGUUUAUAUUCAUGGUGGGGGGUUUCAAGCAACUGAUAAGGUUAUCUUCUUGGAUCCUGAUUAUUUCAUAAAUGAAAAUGUGGUAUUUGUGACGUUUCAUUAUCGUCUAAGUGUAUUUGGUUUCCUUAGUAUCGAUGAUCCAAAAUAUGAUAUUCCUGGAAACGCUGGUUUCAAGGAUCAAAUAUUGGCUUUAAAAUGGAUUCAACAAAACAUAAAAUAUUUUGGUGGUGAUCCAAAUUCGGUAACAAUUUUUGGUGAAAGUGCUGGAGGUGUUUCGGUGCACUUAUUAACAUUAUCACCAUUGUCAACAGGUUUAUAUAACCGUGCAAUUUCUCAAAGUGGGGGUCCAACAGAUCCAUGGGUUACAAGCCCAAAUACCUAUCGUGAAUUAGCUGUAAAAUUAAACUGUAAUUUAAAUGAUUUAAAAGAAAUUAUUGAAUGUUUCAAUGAUGCAUCAACUUCUAAUUUUAUGAAUGCCUUAAGAAAAUUAUCAGUUAAUAAACUUGGAGAAGUUACGAUUUUCAAUACUUUUGUUAUUGAAAAGCAUAACACUGUGGAUCCAUUUUUUGCUGAACAUCCAAAAGAGAUUGUAAAGAGUAAAAAUUAUAAUCCAGUUCCAUUUAUUAUGGGAUUCUGUACAGACGAAGGACUUUUAUUUGUUGAUGGUUUUAAAACAGCAAGAAAUAAUACAUUAAGCCAUGAAGAUUUGGUCCCAAAACAUUUCAAUUUGCCAAUGGAAACAAACCUAUUAAAAAUUCUUGGUGAAAAUAUUUCACAAGUUUAUUAUGGGCAAGCAAAUCCAACUUUUGAUUUAUUGGAACCAACUGCAGAGGUAUUAACGGACCUAAUGUUUUUCAAUAGUAUUUACGAUUUUGCCAAUCUUCAAUUUAAAAUGUUUCCCAAAAAUUCAAUUUGGUUCUAUGAAUUUCGCUAUUAUGGCCGUUGGAACGAAUUUCCAAAUCGAACAACUCAUGCAGAUGAUUUAUUUUAUUUGUUUCGUCCAAAAAGUAUACCAAUAACUAAUGACAAGAAUGAAAAUACUGAUGAGGCUAUUGGAAGGACUAGAUUAAUUAAACUGUGGACAAGUUUUGCAAAAUAUGGUGAUCCAAAUUCAAAUGUUAUUGAAUAUUUUGACAAUAUUACAUGGAAACCGUUAGAAGAAGAUAAAUUCAAUUACUUAUUAAUCCAACCGCACAUGGAGAUGAAAAUAGCUGAUUCAAAUUAUAGACAUUUGUCGUUUUGGAAAUCGCUGUAUGAAGCAUAUAAUAAUAAUAAUAAUAAUAAUAAUUAUGCUUUAUUUUCUGUAUCGGAAACAUAA